AUGGAUGGUAAUAGAUUCCUGCAACAAACCACCGGCGGUGGCUACCCAACAUAUUCCGGCUAUGGUCAACCAAGUUAUGGUUUUGGAGGUGGAUAUGGAAGUUAUGGUGUUGGUGGUUAUGGUGGUGGCGGCUAUGGUGGUGCAUAUGGGAACCCUGGUUAUGGAAAUCCUGGUGCAGUGAAAACCCAAUGGGGUGGUCAAAGUUCUGGUUAUGGUCCAAAUAUGGGUUAUGGAGGAGGUGGUCAAUCUGCAUCAAUGGGUCAAUCUGCAGGUGGAGCUUCUGGGUAUGGUGGUCAAGGUUAUGGUUACGGAAACUAUGGUGGUAAUGAUGGCUACAAUGCCGGGUAUGGAGGUGGUGGUGGUGGUGGGCAGUUUGGGGCAGGAGGUGGUGGUGGAGAUCAGCAAGGGGGGAGGUGGUGGCGGUGGCAAUAUGGAGGGUGGGUAUAA